AUGCCCAUACAGACUUCGCAAUCCGAUACGAUUCAACUUCCUAGGACACACAUCAUCAAGGACCACAAGAAAUCCAGCAAUGCCCAUCUGUUUCAAUGCCCGCGCUGCGAGAAAGGCUUUCCAGAUCCUGCUGCUUUCAGGGAACAUUUGAUGCUCCCGAAAGAUCAGAUGUGCGACCCCACGUCUGAAGAAAGUUCUACAGGCGCCGACGUAGAAGAUGGUCUCACGGCUGCCAGAGCGCGAGAUCUUUCCUACAAGGUAACGAACGAGGGGUUAAAGUCCUGGGACGACCUCUGGCGAUGGCUCUUCCCAUCCGAUAAGGUGGCGCUACGGCCUGGUAGAGCAGGAGGUGUUCGCAAGCAGCAAUAUGUCUAG